AUGUCAAAUUUUGAUUCAGAACAUCCAAGAGUUUUAAUACCAGAAUUAUGUAAAUUAUUUUAUGGUAAUGGAUGGGUUACAGGUACAGGUGGUGGUAUUUCAAUUAAACGUGAUAAAGAGAUUUAUAUUGCAGCAUCAGGUGUACAAAAAGAGAGAAUCCUUGGAGAAGAUAUUUUCGUUAUGGAUGAAAAUGAAAAUGAGAUCUCAACACCUCCAACUGAAAAGAAAUUAAAAGCAAGUCAAUGUACACCAUUGUUUUUCAAUGCUUAUAAAUAUAGAGAUGCUGGUGCUGUAAUUCAUACUCAUAGUCAACAUGCAGUUAUGGUGACAUUACUCUAUCAAACUGAAUUCAUUAUUACUCAUCAAGAAAUGAUUAAAGGUAUUCUCUCUGGUCAUGGUGAAAAUGCUAAAUAUUUACAAUAUUUUGAUAGAUUAGUUAUUCCAAUCAUUGAAAAUACUCCACAUGAAAGAGAUUUAAAAGAAAGAAUGCACAAAGCAAUGGAAAAAUAUCCAAAUGCAAAUGCAGUUUUAGUUAGAAGACAUGGUGUUUAUGUUUGGGGACCAGAUUGGGUUAAAGCAAAAACAAUGUGCGAAUGUUUUGAUUAUUUAUUUGAAAUUGCCAUUAAAAUGAAACAAAUGGGUCUUGAUCCAACUGAAGUACCUCAUGCAAAUGAAGAAUGUUGUUAUGAUUGUUAA